AUGUCUGUGAUUGUACAAGACGGGACCAUAACCUCGAUCCAACCCACGGCAUCAGUGCCGCCACCCUUCAAAAACCUUCCGACCACGUUCGUCCCGGUCCUGAUGCCCGGUCUGUGGGAUUGUCACAUCCACCUCCUGGGCAGCAAGACAUUCAACUUCUCCGAGAUUGCCACCCAGUCGACGGCUCUUGCUGGCGCCAGAAUUGCCCGUAAUGUACACGACAUUUUAAUGAGCGGGUUCACCUCCGUGCGCGAACUUGCUGGCUACGGGCUUGAAGUCUCCAAGGCGAUCGAAGAAGGCACCCUCGUCGGACCAAAUAUAUACUCUUCAGGAGCUGCGAUAUCCCAGACUGCAGGACACGGAGACGUUUUUGACCUACCCUGGGGAUUCGUCGGCUCUCUCUUUGGAGUGAGGGAUACUCAAGCGAACGGAUUGUCCCCAGGUACAGGACCGAUGAUCAUCGCCGACGGCAUCGACGAGUGUCGACGCGCCGUCCGGCUGCUAGUUCGACGAGGCGCCAAAUGCAUCAAGGUUUUCGCGAGCGGCGGCGUGCUGAGCAUUGCCGACGACCCUAUGCGCCAACAGUUCUCACUCGACGAGUUGAAAGUUAUUGUGGAAGAGGCCAGGCGUGCAGGGCGUGUCGUGGGCGCGCACUGCCACGGCAAGGCCGGAAUUAUGGCCGCAUUGUACGCGGGCGUCCACAGUAUCGAGCACGGAACGUACAUGGACGAGGAGUGCAUCGAGCUCAUGAAGGAGCGAGAGGCCGUGUACGUGCCGACGCGGACGAUCGUCAAAGUCGGCGUCGACCAUCCGGAGCUCAUGUCGCCGGAAUCGUACCGGAAGAUGCUGGAGACGGCGAAGUACCACCGUACCGCGUAUCGUCUGGCUGUGCAGUCCGGCGUCAAGAUCGCCUUGGGUACCGACCUGGGCAUCAGCACGCCCGCAACGCACCCACUGGCGCACGGCCGAAGCGGCGGCGAACUCUCCUACGCGGUCAGCGACGGCGGCAUGGAGCCCUUGGCGGCCAUUGAAGCCGCAACGGCCAUGGGGCCCGAAGUGCUCGGAUCUCUAGGCAUGGCGCCUAAGAGCGGUAGGAUCGAAGUCGGGUACGACGCCGACCUGAUCGCCUUGAACAUGAAUCCUCUGGAGAACAUGGACGUGUUCAAAGAGCCAAAGAACAUCACGCAUGUGUGGAAGGGCGGGCGGCUGUUUAAGAGUCCCUCGCAUGUCUGA